GCAUCCAUCACGCCCUUUUGACGCCCUUGUCUAAGAACGGCACCGACAUGUCUAAAACAAGGCGACGAGAGCCUGGAAAAAAUAUAAAUCACAAGCCCCCCUGAAAUGCUGGCCAAAACCUAACAUUUGGGAUAGCUCCGACCGUAUGAUACGUUGGGCAGCAGCGCGAAUGGAAAACCGCAAUUCGACAGACUCUUUGUCACUGGAGCCAGAACUGGAGCGCCUGCGGGAAUUGAACAAGGAGCUGGAAAGACUCCGGCUCGCCUUGAUAUUCCCUGAAGACGCGAAUGCAGAGGCCAAAGCCGAACCGGCAGUCCCAUCCACCGCCACGCCCAUUGGUACCGCCCGUGACAACGAGCCCACGUUCCACCUGUUCGCCAAGCUCCCGGCCGAGCUCCGGGUAAAAAUCUGGCAGCAGUCGCUCGAGCCGCGCGUCGUGGAGCUGCACACGCGCCGCGGGCACUACGCCGACGACUUUCGGCACGGCGGCCACCUAAAGUGGCACUCGCAGUGCACCAACCCGGCCGCGCUGUCCGUGUGCGUCGAGUCGCGCGAGGUCGCCCUGGAACGGUACACGGUCGCGCUGCCGCUGGCCGUCCCGCCGCGCAGGCACGAGACCCCCCAGGACAGCUUUCGCAUCCCCCAGGCCUGGAUCCCGGGGGACUCGGUCGACAGCCACCGUCACGUGCUGUACCUGGAUCCGGCGCGCGACACAGUGGCGCUGCUCGGUGGACUGGAUCUCAAGCUCUUGAAGGAGCUUCUCGACGGCAUCAGGCACGAGGAUCCGCGGGGGCUCAAGCGGCUCGGCAUGAGCGCGUCCUGUUUUGUUCACCGCGGCGGCGUGUCCUGCCUCGCCAUGUAUGCGAUGACUGUUUUCCGGCACCUUCACGAGCUGGUCUUGUUCAUGUACUCGGAAAACAUGCCGCCUGAGGAUUGGCCUGGAGGGCGCUGUAACCUGGAGGAUUGUUCCGAUAAAGACUUCUUUCGUGCGUGGGAAAUGGGGGCUGGAAAUCAGCUGAAGGGGGCCGACAACAGAUGGGUGGCUGUUGGCUCCAAGGGUAGGGAGAUUCGCAUCAUGGAUCUCAUGUUCCUCCCCUAACCACAAAAACCACGAGUUCGCUGUCUCACGAAAACAGUCCUCCGCAGUGAUGGGUAUUGAUGUAUAUGGUCUAAUAUUCCGAUGGCCGCCCUAUUUGUACACGUUAUACAGUUGUUGCUGCGACAGACUGCAGCCUAAUCUCCCCUAACCUUCUUGAUAACCCUCUCCCUGCAUACUCGGCGGGCCACCUCGGCACCGUGUUGCAUAGAAAUGGCGCCUAUUAUCGCGUAUAUGCAGUCCUUCAUGACUUUUUGCAUACCGGAGGAGUUGAUGCUUGAAAUCUAUUGUUGAUGCUCAUUAGCACUUGGUGUCGU